AUGUCUCAUUUCAAUUGUUGUGUGUGGAAAGGUAUGCAGUAUUGAUGGGGAUGCUGGGGAAUUUACAUGUCCAGUCAUUGUGAGAGAUAAUCCAGAUUAGGUUGGCCAAGGGAAAAUCAACCAGGUCUGACACUAAACCAAACACAACAUUGUAUGACUCAGCCCAGCAUUUGGAGAUGGGAUUUAUGUAACUGUGCAAAGAAUAACCAAGUACUUGAAGCAAAACUUGGCAAGCACAUACCUUACUUGUUUGAGCAGAAGAGGUAGAAACAACAUGCUUAUUGAAUUACCUCGUUGGUGUGAUUUCUGCCCAUAUUGUUUUCUGCUGAACAUUAUGAAUGAAUAAUUCCCUUUCUUCACCUGGUAUGAGUUUCAGUAUGUUAGUGUAGUACUCACACCUGUUCAUGUACAUGGCCAGUGUAGGUGACAGUUUAAGUCCAUGUUUAGGCUUGCAGACCUCAUGUGUCUUAACACUUAACACUUAAACUAGUGUUAAGAUCCAUCCCAGUGCUUGAUUUCUAUCAUGGGAGUUCUAGUCUGCUCAGAAGUAAAAUGUUCAGAACUAGAGGCCUUUUUCCUAAUCUAAGAUUCAUGUGAAAAAGAUAGUUGCGUUACUCAGGUUAGGCCAGAUGUAAUUAUUUCAGUUGCACCUGCAAGAUGUAUUAAAAUACAGAUACAUUUGAGUCCAUCUUGGGCCCUUGGAAUAAGAAAGGGAAGAAAUGGAAAUAUAUGAUAGAAUCUCUUGAAAUAGCUAAGUACCGUAUUUUUCCAUCUAUAAGAUGCCCCCAUGUAUAAUACACCCCUUAUUUUUGCGACCACAACCAAUCGCCAGUCCAACCUCGGCACUAUCCGUGUAUAAGACGCCCCCUAUUUUUUUGACAUUAUUUUUCAGGAAAAAAACGUAGUCUUAUACACGGAAAAAUACGGUAUAUCCUGUGUGUGUAGCUAAAAAUUAAGUGGUCUUUGGUGGAACAAAAAUGUUUAAUUACUUAUAGAUUAAUUGAUUAAAUCCCUUCUUUUCAAUCCUUUGGCAAGAUUUCCCUAAUUGAUCUGUAGAGCUUUUUUUUUGUCGUUGUUGUUAAAACAAAACGCCAACAACUGGGUUUGUUAGAACAUGGUGCUGAUAACACCAAGGUUGCAGUUUGAUCCCCAUAUGGGACAGCUGCAUAUUCCUGCAUUGCAAGGGGUUGGACUAGAUGAUCGUCAGGAUCGCUUCCAACUCUACAAUUCUAUGAUUUAUUAUUUAUUUCCUGCAUUUAUGCCCUCUCUUUCCUCCAUGAAGCUCAAGGCAUUGUACAUGGUUCUCCUUCCCUUCAUUUUAUUCUCACAACAACCCUGAGAGAAAGAUUAGGUUGAGUGUAAUGACUUGCUCAAUAUCACAGAGGGAAUAUGAACUCUGGUCUCCCUGUUUCUAGUCCAGCACUUUUCUUACUAUGACAUACUGACUGUUUAAUACAAGAAUUUAUAAAUAUAGCAGAUGGCAGGCACUUUCUGGGAAGAGGCACCUCCCAUUUCUCUCACAAGCAAGAAGGGAAUGACUCUUCUAUGAUUAGGUCUAGUAUAAUAACACACACAAACACAUAUUAUCUAAAAGCCACUAAGUUUUUAUUUCAGUGCAAAUUUUAAACUUACCAGCCAGCUAUAACUCCUUUGUUUUCCCCCACCCCCAUCUCCAGGCAGUUAUAGAGGCUUCCAGUGACUUCUUAACAGAAGAUGUCAUCUGGGCUCACAGAAGAACAGAAAAGGAAGAUUGAGGAGAAUAGGAAGAAGGCUUUGGCAAGGAGAGCAGAACGACUAGCAGCUCAGCAGGGUGUCGUUGCUAAGAAGCUGCCUGACCUGCAGGCGCUUGCUAGCUGUCAAGGAAAACUGCAGCAGCCUUUGAAGAAGGAAAACCACCACACCAGCCGUCACCUCCAGGUUUCUGGAAACCAUGUGGUGCUGGGGAAUCUUCAAGUGCCACACAGUGUCUGUAGCUCAGACCCCCAGGCACCCAUUUUGUGUGGUGCCCAGCAGAGGGGUUGUUCAGAGGACUCCAGCCAAAAUCUAGGCAGGCAGCUGAACAGUGCUAAGCAGCUCUCACCAGUGGGGAAAGACUCUCUGAGUCACCCUCAUGGGCAUUAUUCUGGCCUGAGUGCUCAGGAGCAAGGUCAACCCAUCCAGUGUAGUUCUAGCACAUUGCAGCCACCAAAACAUUGUGCAGAGCAGCUUCAGUCUACAUUAGACACUAGUAGGAUGCUUUGCAAAAAUGAAGGCACCCCUAUUCAGAAAGUAUCUCCCAGUGGCAUUAAACAUAUGGCACCAGUGGACACCAGUGGCAUUGUCACCAGUGACAGUGAAAUGCAGGCUAGUGCCAGAAAUCCAGCCUGCGAACUCAUUGCUGAAAAAGAAGGUAGUAGCAAGUUGCUGUUCUAUGGCACAAAAAACCUCCUGACUCCUGUAGAAGGGGGCAGGCAACGGAAACUGCCUGUUUCGGAGGACCCAGGCAACGUAGCUGAAACACAGAAAAAAGCGCAUGAUGGCCUCAGAGGGAAAUGUGUCAAGCACUCCGAUGACCGUUUCCGGGUUGAAAUAGGAUAUAAUGCCAAGCUGAUUGAACUGUUCAGGAGUUUGCCAAGCAAAAAAUACGGUAAGGUGACUGGUUAUUUCCUGUGCCUCUUGGGAUUUUCGAUAGAUGGGGUUGUGCUAGAUCUUGUGGAUAAUGCAGAAUUGCCUUUAUUCGUAUGUUCUGUCUCUUUUAAAAACAGCAAGGACCCUAGCCCUCGUGUGUGAGGAAAAACCUGGAUGAACUGCAAGAAUCAGGAAGACGUGAGGUUAGGGUAGGCUUCUGAAGUAACAUCUGAAUCCAGGAGUGUUUAGAGUGGGGCUCCCAUAACCUUUGAGAGGUCUCUAAGUCUCUGUAGGCCCAUUGCUUCACAGUUUCUCAUGAGGUACUUAUCUGGUCCUGAUACUCCUUUAGACACCCCCCCCCACUCCCAAUAGUGGAGUAGAGAAGAGUGGAGCUGGAACUUAUUGUCCCUCUCUUUGCAUGCUGAGUGAGAAAAGAACACAGGGAUUCAAGCUGGGAAGACAGCCUUUUCACCUUAUCUGCCCCUUUCUCCAACGUUUUCUUCACUCAAGGGGACAGGCCGCAAAUGGUGGAGGAGGAGGAAGAAGCAGGAGCACCUUCAGAUAAUGGGUUUGAUCCCAGACUAUUCUACCAGGACAGGGUUUUGGGAGCCAUAGAAUCCUGGGUUCAGUUCCAGUCUAGGCCGCGGAGCUCUGCAGGUUCCUUAAUGGGUUUCUUUCCCUAGAAAGUUCAAGGCAUUUUUAUUUCAACUGGCUUGUAAUGUGUGACACCUUGUUUUAUUGCUGCCAGUUUUGAUGUGUAAUAUUGUUUACCCCUGCUGCUGUUGUCAGGUUAUUGGUGUGCGUGUAUGCGUUGAGUAUUGAUCGUAUUGUAUGUUCUUUGUAAUACUUUUAGAAAUGGUUUGUCAGUUGUACUUGUAUUGAUUAUAUAACAAUUUUCUUUUAUUAUGUUGUACAGUGCCCCGAGAACAUCUAGUAGAAGAACAAGUUAUUAUUUACUUAUUUUUGGGUUCUGCCUGACAAAGUCAUGCUUGGAACAGAUCCACUGUAAUAAACAUAAAUGGCUAACUCAUAUUCCAGUGGGUCUACUCAUAGUAUGAGUUUGUUGGAUAGCAGGAUUCUCAGCCUUUUGCCUAAGGUCAUGCAAAAAACAUCCAACUUGUUAAUUAAUCUCUUAAGGCCAUGGUGACGAUGAAUUUGAUGUGGGGUGGCCAUCACAAACCACUGAAUUUAGGCGUCAUGAAAAGCCAGAAUAGAUUUAUUAUUACUUGUCUUCUUAAUGCCAGAGAGGGGCAGAGUGGCUUGUGGGAUGUUAUGCCGCAGGUGCCAAAAUGACUCCAUCAGACUUGGGUACUCUGCCUGUGUGCCUUGCCUUGGUGAGAGGCAGGGAGGGCAACCUUUUACUGCUCUUCUCAGUCAGUAAAAUGUCUUGCCCUAACUCUGAUUAGAACUCCUGUUUGAACAUGAAAGAGAAAUUGCUUCCCAUUGCAUUUGAAAUUCCAGUUCUUUUUUGGCUGUCACAGGCACGCAUAGGCUAUCAUUCUGUGUUGUGCACAUGUUAAGUCUCCUUGGUGGUCUUGGCCUGCUGUAGUUCUGCUACAAUUAUUUCCGCAUGCAGAAUCCCAUGUAUAUCCUACCUCAUGCUGCACAUAUGGUUCUCAGCCAGACCUGAUCCUCCACAUGUCAGCACUGCCAAUGGGGCCAAAAAAGUGAAACUUCUCAGUGGUUAUCCUUCUCAAGGAUAGAACUUCAGGGCAGAGGUCCAGGAUCUGCCUCAGUAGAAUGAGCAGGAGGGACUCAAAAUGCAGCAAGACUAGCCUCCCCACAAUUUGCAAUAAGUGAAGUAAUACAGUGGUACCUUGGUUCUCAAAUUUAAUCCGUUCUGGAAGUCUGUUCCAAAACCAAGGCAUGCUUUCCCAUAGAAAGCAAUGCAAAAUGGAUUAAUCCAUUCCAGACUUUUAAAAGCAACCCCUAAAACAGCAAUUUAACAUGAAUUUUACUAUCUAACGAGACCAUUGAUCCAUAAAAUGAAAGCAAUAAACAAUGUACUGCAGUCACACAAUCAAUCAGUAGCUGCACUGGUGACACAGUCACAAAAACAACAAAAAAGGAGCCACAAAAACGCAAAAUAAAUAGCAAAAACAGACAGACCUCAGCAUAACACUCAAAAUGGAAGCGUAACACUCAAAACGGAGCAUGUUCCGCAUCUGAAAAAAGUUUGCAAACUGGAACACUUACUUCCGAGUUUGCAGUGUUUGGGUUCCAAGUUGUUUGAGUACCAAGGCGUUUGAGAACCAAGGUACCACUGUAUACAUUGCCAUCUAAAUAGGAGAUUCCCUGUCAGGCCAUUAAGUCCAAGGGCUUAAAUCACUUGACUGGACCAGUGGAAGUGCUGUAUAGUGCAACGUGUGCUGCUAUGCUAGUGUAGGAAUUCUGUGCGCAGGUGCGACUUGCCAUUUCUGAAUACAUUAACAGAGCCAUUUAUUCUCCAGAAUGACUCUCUAAAUCCUGCUUUGUUUUAGAUCCUGCAACAAAGAUGUGGAACUUCAGUCUGGAAGACUAUAGCCAUCUCAGUAAGUCAUAAGACAAUUGACAUGCAUGUUGGGUACAGAAUGAGUCGGCACAAAAUCUGGGCCACAGAGCCUAUGGUUUCUUUCUUAAUAUGGUUUGCUUAAUUCAUAGCAGAGAAAAAGUAGUUUAUAUUCAAAAUUUGGACUCUAGAUGUACAACAAGUGCAUUAUUAUACUAAGUGCAUUAUUCAAAGCUAGUCCUACGCACAGUAGACCCAUUGAAGUUAAUGGGCAUUACUAACUUAGAUUCCUUAAUUUCAAUGGAUCCACUCAGAGUAGGAUUUAGUUAAGUACAACCCUAGAUCUUUCUCAUAAAAGAGUUGUUCAAGAGCUGUUUGAAGAAAAUUAUUUCGAAAAGAAAAACAUUGUUUAUUAGAGUGCCGUUUGGGAUUAUUAUUGUUUAAAGAAGAGUUUUUUGUAGCACAUCAGUAAUUGAAAGUUCAGAAUGCCAGCAAAGACUUUGCUCUCCAAGUGUAACUCAACUCACAGAGGGAACAAUCCCUGCUGAGUUAGGAGUAGGGAGACUAACUGAAUGUCUUCUGAGCUUCCUGCUCUGCUUUUCUUCUGCAUUUGAAAGUCUCUGGUGCUUUUUCUCUCAGCUGUCUUCGAUUUUCUGCUUUCCACAGGCAGUUGAUCCCCCCCGGCCCAUUAUCCAUUUGUUCUUUUUUUCUUUGGUCAACCUGCUUUUCUCUAUAGUGGAACAAGCAGAGCAACUUCCCUCUGUGACUUUGACACCUCUGGAAGGAAUGAAAGCAACCUCGCGGGCCACUGAGUCAUCUUCUGUUGGUAGAAGUCCUCCAUUGAGGUCCCUCUUGCAGACAUGCAGUGGCUGGCAGAAACCAUUGGCAACCAUCAGAGGGAAAUGUGUGCUGAUUUCAUACUCUCGGUUUGAAGUAGACAUUGGCUAUGCUGACAGCGCCAUAGGGGUGUUCAAGCAGCUGAAUUCCAGGAAUUAUGGUGAGUGAUCUAAGCUGAUGCCUUCACUUCAGCCGUGUAGCCAUAGUCGCUGAAGCUUGCACCUUGUCUUUCCAGGUGGUAUUUUCCCUCUUACUACCUUCCCUACAUAAUUUGUCUCAUGUACCGCUUAUAAUAAAAGCAGGGAGCUGGCAGACAUUUGUUAGAUACAGGAUUGAAUUAAAGCUAUAUGAAAAUAUUAGGCAAGACAUGCCAAAUAGAAUAUAUUUUAUACCUGAAUAAUUUUUUUAAAUAUACAUUUUGUUGAAAUCUGGUUGCUUUUUAUGCAGUUCUUUUGGCUGUUUUUGAUAUGUUGCGUUUUGUUACUCACAUUUAUUCAUAAGUCAUUUUUAGUUUAAUUGCAAUGAAAAUAUAAAAAGCAAAGAACGAGGAGUUCUUAGGUUAAUGCGUUCCAUUGGUGGCAUUUACAAAUAGCAUGUUUGUAUGCGGCCUCAUUUACUCAUCUGUAAUCCUGGUUGUUGAUGCUAGUGUUUUAAAGCCCUACCUUUGUGAUCAGGUCAGCAUCCAGGUUCCUGCUCUAUAUCUCCUGUGUACAAAACUGAGAGAUGGGAAAUGGGGCUUUUUUGGUCAUGGUGCUGUGACUGUCAAAUGCCCUGUCUCUCAAGGGAAGUAUCUACUUUAUUUGGAGAGGACUGUUUUGCGUGAUGGUUUAGCAUAACAAGGGUGAGACAGAGCUAGCCCAGAUUCCACCCCGCCCCCACUUUAUCUAGCCCAGCUACAAGGUGAUUGGAAGUUUCUGUUUCUGUUUUUGAUUAGCCACACCUUAGUAUGUUGCCCGUACCCUAAAAUACAGUGGUACCUUGGUACUCGAAUGGCUUGGCUCCUGAAUAAAUCGGCUUCCGAAAGCUGCAAACCCAGAAGUGAAUGUUUCGGCUUGCGAAUGCUAUUUGGAAGCCGAACGUGGCUUCCGCGGCUUCUGAUUGAGUGCAGGAAGCUCCUGCAGCCAAUUGGAAGCUGUGCCUUGGUUUUCUAACUGUUUCAGGAGUCGAACAGAUUCCCGGAACGGAUUAAGUUCAAGAACCAAGGUACCACUGUACGCUUAUUUUUAAAUACAUAUAGUGGAGAUCUUCAAACUGUGAUUUAUGAAGUUGCCUUGUCUCCAUUAAAACAUUUUUUAAAAAGUCAGGACAAGAAUUGUAAGUUGUACUAAAAUUUAUCCAAAUGUUCAAAAUAGACAUAUAAAAUAGAACAAGGACUGUGUAAUAAUAACACGAAGUGGGGGGGGGGAAGCAGCCGAAUACAUAUAGACAAGCAUUGUCCAAUUGUCAAAAUGAAAAAUGAAUCAUCCUGUAAAUAACAGGAUAUCAAAUAUUACACACAGUGAAUAUGGAGGACAGAAAAAAGAAUUUUGGCAUUGUAACCUAUUUAAAAUAAUCCACCUGCUUAGUUGUCACGAACAAUUUGAUGCUGGUGAAUAUAUUCUUGAUUGCUAGAAUUUCAUAUAAGGUUGAUGUACUUCGUACUUGCUUAUUUCCAUAUUAUGACUCUUACAGAUAUGAAGACUAGAAAAUGGAAUUUUCUCCUGGAGGACUAUCUAAGACUAAGUAAGAAGCUGCCUCUCAACAGGUUUUAUUCUUUUGGAGGGGGGUUACUCACUUAAAACUAGGUUCUUAGAAAUGGUACUUAAAGGUACUUGACAUGGUCACGAGUUUCCCUUUUGCCUCUUCUGAUGCUUUGCAAUGGGGAUAAUGCACUCACAUUGAAACUUAUAGGAUGGCAUCAUAACACAAUAUUGUCUGUGUGAAAAGUAGACAUGUUUAUUAGUAUUUGCAGCCUAAUAUUUUGAGUAUCUUCUACAUUUGGAAAGGAGAAGAAUCUGUGGUCCUCCAGAUGUUGCUGGCCUCCAACUCCCAUCAGCUCUAACCAACAAAGUCAGAAGUCAGGCAUAGCAACAUCUGGAGGGCCACAGUUUCCCCAUCCUUUUUGCACACCUUCAGUAUUGAAGGCAGUUGCAUCUAGUAGAGCAGCUGUUGUUCCUCUGUAGUAGCUCUAAUGGGUAAUUUGGCGCAGAUUUAUUCAAAGGUAGGAAAACUUCCAUCCUCUUUGCUGGGGUGAAUGUGUUUGUGUGUAUUUUAAAGCCAUCCUAUCAGGGUUUUCUCCUGGCCCAGAAAGAUAGGAAGCUGUGCAUCAUCCUAAAACAAGUCUGGAAACAGAGAAUGCAGUCAGAUAUUUCCUGUACCUUCGGACAAAUGUUCAAGUUCUUAAUGGAUUAGUUGCAAGGAAAUAGCAAGCAGGCCUUUGUAGAUGGUCUCCUAGAUGCUCUCAGCUCUGGUCUAAAAAUCCAAGACCCAGGCUCUACAGUGUGUGAAUGAAGCAGCUGGCUCUAUGCAAGUGGAGGCCUGCAAAAUAGUGUGCCAUCGUGAAGGGAGCAUUGUUUGGGCAACCGGGGGUGGGGGAGGUUGCUUGGUGGGGGACUGAAUUCAACUCUGCACUCUACCCCUGCUCACUAUCUCCUGAACAGCUUCUCUGCAAUUACUUACAGUUAUUUAUUUUUUCUAUAUGUCUCUGUGCAUGUUGCUACAGCUGCUGGAUUGUGCUGUGGAAUGGGGGUGUGAAAUACCUAUCUGGGCGCUUUUUCUUUUAUUAAACCAGCUAGAGGUACAAAUACAGAAGCUGGAUUCCAUGUGCAUGGCUCUUAGUUUCAUUGGUACCACUGUCACAAAGAGUCUCCAAUCCCCUAAUAUGGACUUUUCUACCGUAGCACAAUUUCCUUUAAAAAAGGAUCUUGCUCCUUGCAUCUUAACAGUUUUACCUGUUUACACACUUGCUCAGCUGUCUUAAGAUAAAAGGUCACUUGGGGACAAGGGAGCGGGGGGAACGUUUUUUGGAUGAAUCACUCAAACUACUGAGACAUCCUGAUUUUCCAAGCUUGUCUGCAAAACAGCAGCGAUGGCAUAAUUGCAGCAAUUUGCUAGUUUAUAAUUCCAGCAAGUAACUUUCUGAGCGUAAUAACAGUGCAGGACUCUGUUUCAGCAGGGAGAAGCUUCUUUCCUUGCUGGAGGAGCACAGAUUAAACCAAAGGGUGCAUACUGAAUAGCCUAUCCUACAAGCACAAAUAGAAAUUCUUUCACAUAUUUAUAUGCUUUCAGAAUGAAGGAUUUUGCCUGGGUAGCAGGGGUCUAAUCUGCUGCCUCCGUUCUAGAGAUAACCGAAAUUAACUGUAGUUUGCAGUCAAUACCCAGGCUCUUAUAACGCGAGUGCAAAUCUGAGUCUGCUGAGUGUUUUGUUUUCACUGUCAGAAUUAUGUUCCAGUCUGUUGAUUUCCAUAUUUUAGUGAUUUUAGUUUUCUUUGAAAGGAAAGGCUGCUUGCAGGAUUUUGUGUCUUUUUAUUUGUUGCAGUGUCUAAUACAUCGUGGCAACAUUUUGAUUGCUGUGUCAAGAAAAAAAUUAGUGUCAGUGCUAGUUUAAGAUGAACAGACAGUGCUUAAUCCAGAGUCAUUAUAUUCAGCAUUUUUGAAAUGAAUCAUUUCAUCAUUUUAUUUUUAGAAGAGGAAUCAUUUUAAGAUAUAUAAACACUUGGUAAUUCUCACUAUUGUCCACUCCUGAUAUGAUUCUGCUUAAAAAAAAAAAUGUCUGAGAAGACAGUGGGAAGCAAAGGAUGUAGGGGACUCUUUCUAUUAGUGGGUUGCAGACUGAGAUGCUAGUGAAUUAUAAUUCAGACUAUUUCACUUUAGUACUGUGUACAGUUCAAAUAAUUAGCUAUAUAGGUGUUUCGUAAUAUUUUUUUCUCUUUCACACUUGCGUGUGCAGUUCCGCACAAGUGAAAUGUAAUUAUGAAGUUUGGUACUCUGCAUGGAGUUCAACAUUAUAGCGGGAGCAAUUUUAGAAAAUUGAAAGUUUCCAGUCCUUAUUCAUGUGAAAUUAGGUUUGAAACUGUGUGGGCAAUGACCUGUUAAAUCUCAGCAGUCGGUGGGAUGGAUCAAUAAGAUUUCCAGUGAUCGGUGUGUGCAGAUUCAAUAGCAUAACUUUUCUGCUUGCCAGAAAAAUAAUAAACUAUGCAAACUAAGCAAAGCUGUGCAAACAUGCUUGAUUUGCAUAACAAACAAACUUUGUUUUGGUAUAAAGGUAAAGGUACCCCUGCCCAUACGGGCCAGUCGUGUCCGACUCUAGGGUUGUGCGCCCAUCUCACUUAAGAGGCCGGGGGCCAGCGCUGUCCAAAGACACUUCCGGGUCACGUGGCCAGCGUGAUGAAGCUGCUCUGGCGAGCCAGCACCAGCGCAGCACACAGAAACGCCGUUUACCUUCCCGCUAUAAAGCGGUACCUAUUUAUCUACUUGCACUUAGGGGUGCUUUCGAACUGCUAGGUGGGCAGGAGCUUGGAUUGAAGACGGGAGCUCACCCCGCCGCGGGGAUUCGAACCGCCGACCAUACGAUCGGCAAGUCCUAGGCACUGAGGUUUUACCCACAGCGCCACCUGCGUCCCUUAUUUUGGUAUAGAACUUGCCAAAAUAAACCUGAGCAUUUUCUGAAAGUACUGCAUCACUUUCUUUCUUUUCCUAGCUCUCUGUUUAUAUUAUGUACUUGUACAUGUGUCUAUGCACCUUGCUUAGAUUGGCACUUUUCAUGAAGUCAGUUCUUUAUUGGCUGAUCGACUGCAAUAAAGCAUUUGAUUGAAGAAGUCAUUCUUGGGAAAAGUAGUCUUUUUCUGUUUCAAAAUGAAAGAACCAUAAAAUAUGUAAGUAAACGUGCAAAGGAGGGUGGUCUAGGACUCUGUAUAAACAAGGCAUCUGUUUGUGUGCUUGUUCAGACUUAAGUGAAGGUUGUUUACAAAUGCUCCUAGGGACACAAAUCCUUCUUGUGUGUGUUCCUUUUAGUUGAACUGUUAAGGAGCCUUCCAGCAGUGGAAGUGGAGCCAUUGCCUAAGCCAGUAAUACAAGCCUUUGCUGCUCAGUUUGAGAAGUCUGCCUCGAAGGUUCCUGACAUUCCAGAAGCAGACCUUUCAGGACUGGAUCCUAAACUUGUGGCCAGCCUCAUGCCAUUUCAGAGAGAAGGUGUGAAGUAAGUCAAGCCCUGGGUCUUCUGAAAAACACAUGCCAUUCAUUUAAAAUGUUGGCACUUGCAUUUUGUUUGAGAGUUUUUCUCCAUCGCACCCCCACCUUCCUUUGCUUUCUUGCUUUGCCAACACAAUCUGGAAGCGGUAACUUGUAUCUCAUGCUGUUGGACCCACAUUGGCCCAGCGGGGAGGCAGGGACUUCCAGGGUCCAUAAAAUGACACAUGACAAAAACAAAGCCGUGAAUGGCUGGUUUCCCCCUUGCUAAUUCACCCCUGCUAUUAUUACUUGAAGAGGAUCCUUUGAGAUAUCGAAAGCUGACAUUCUCAGGGGACAGACUCCUGUACCAGGAAUGUGUGGAAGGUACAUAACCUUGAUUGCUAACUAUUCUUGCUAGCUACUCCUUCCCCCGUGUAGGGAGAACAGAGUCUGCUGCCGUUUCCACUCCUUGAGAAACAGGCUUACUAGAAACUGCAGUUGGGAUCUUUUUCAAGGUACAAAGUAGUGGACUCGUUUGAGGCAAAGGUUUCUGCUAAUCAGCUUGACAUAUAUUUACAGACUACAGUUCUCAUCAUCCCUGACUGCUGGUCCUGCUAGCUAGGGAUGGUGGAAGUUGUAGUCCAACAACAGCUGAGGACCCAAGUUUGAGAAACACUGAUUGAGAUGGAAGCUGUAUUUCUGCUUGAAUCAGAAGAAUCCGGGAUAAGAAAGUUGGGGGGGGGGGUUUCUGGUAUUUAACUUGCAACUAGAUUAUAGAACAAGGAGCAGGGAGCUGUGGCCCUCCAGAUGUUGCUGGGAUACAGUUCCCAUUAUCCUUGAACAUUGGUGAUGCUGGAUGGGGAUGGUGUGAGUUGGAGUGAGCAACAUCUGGAGAACCACAAGUACCUCAACCUUGCCUUAGAAGAACUGAAUUCACUGUGGAAAUGGAAACAAUAACCCAUUGGUCUCUUUCCCUCCCCUCUCUUUCAGUUUUGCAAUUGCCAAAGAAGGUCGUUUGCUCCUUGCAGAUGACAUGGGCUUAGGGAAAACAAUCCAGGCAAUCUGCAUUGCUGAAUACUAUCGAAAAGAGUGGCCUCUGCUGGUGGUCACUCCUUCUUCAGUGAGAUAUACAUGGGCGGAGGUAAUGCCUGCAUUUUCUCAACUCCUUUUUAGUCUUCUGUCUUGCUUGUCUUUCACAUUCUGAGAGAGGCACCGCAGAAGAAGAGUUUGGAUUUGGAUUUGAUAUCCCACUUUAUCACUACCCGAAGGAGUCUCAAAGCAGCUAACAUUCUCUUUUCCCUUCCUCCCCCACAACAAACACUCUGUGAGGUGAGUGGGGCUGAGAGACUUCAGAGAAGUGUGACUAGCCCAAGGUCACCCAGCAGCUGCAUGUGGAGGAGCGGGGAAGCGAACCCGGAGAGCCAGUGUGGUGCAGUGGUUAAGAGCGAUAGACUCGUAAUCUGGGGAACCGGGUCCGCGUCUCUGCUCCUCCACAUGCAGCUGCUGGGUGACCUUGGGCUACUCACACUUCUUUGAAGUUUCUCAGCCCCACUCACCUCACAGAGUGUUUGUUGUGGGGGAGGAAGGGAAAGGAGAAUGUUAGCUGCUUUGAGACUCCCUAAGGUAGUGAUAAAGUGGGAUAUCAAAUCCAAACUCUUCUUCCCCAGAUUACGAAGCUACCGCUCUUAACCACUACACCACACUGGCUCUCAAGUUGUUGGUGCCAAUGAAAAAUGAGACAAUGGGGGCAGAAAGGAAUGGUGCUUCAUGUUAGCCCUCAGCUUUGAGGAGUUACAGCAGUCCUGUCACUUGGCAUCCCUCCUUCACUGUUGUUUGCAAUUCUCAUUCAUAAUUCCAAAAGGAGUCUUCAGAAUGGAGAUCAUGGAGCUGAGAGCCCAGUUUAGGAGUGAAAAUGGGCAUAUGGAAAUACAUGGAGAUUCUUUAGUCUCUUUGGCUAUUGCAUAAAACUCUUUCCCUGCCAAAUGCAGGGAGAAAACCUAUUCCCGUCUUUAUUUAUGAAAAGAGCAGCACAGGGAUUCUGUUCAAAUAGUUGCCCUGGCCUACUUUGUCGUGAAGUGGGUAGUAAAAGCCAGUGUGUGUUUUAAUUUAAGAAUAAAUUGUGUUUGCAUAUUCAGUAUAUUUUUAAGCAGACUGAUUUUGACCAUUGAUUUGGAUGUUUUGAGACUUUUUUUGGGGGGGGGAGUUUCAGAUAGCUGGGCUUCUAAGUGCUUAAAUAGCUAAAUAUAAUGAUUUAUAAUCCUGGCAGGAGAUAAGGAUUGAGAAAGCCAGCAGCUUUGUGAGAUGCCUCUGGUCUGAGAAUCAGGCUAAUACUAAUGUUCAUUUAUGAUCUCAUCAUAGCUGUAUUUAUCUUAGUAGUGAAAUGAAUAGAACAGAACAGGGCUGUUUGAGUGGAAAGACAGCUGUGCACCAUAAUCGGCGGAAGCCAUAAAGCACAACCGCUGUUUGUGGGUGAGCACCAUAGCCAAGCCAACCGGACUGCAACUUCUUCAGGGACCUUGACAGGCUGGGCUCCAUCAUGCUUUGUGCUUAAAAUUCACCUGCCUCUGAAUGCGUCCACCCACAACUUUGCUCCCUGUUCUGUCAUUAUGAGAUAGGUGUCUCAUGGGGGGGGGGCAACAUUCCUAGCAUGACACCCAUCCAGAUGUCAACCUAGCUCUCUGUGAAGUGAUCAUCCUUGUGGGUGUACCACCUCAGACUGUGGAGAUGGAUCACAUAACAGACUGCUUUGAAAGGAAAGGGAGAAAGAAUGUUUCCUCUGAAACAAGGCUAAGUUGGGAAUGCUCUAGUUUUCUGUAUGCUGAGGUUUAAUUUUUAUGGAUGAACUCGUACUUGCAGUUCAAUGUCCCUUCAUCCCAGGCACAGACUGACCACUUCAUUGAAAAUUUGGUUUCUGCAAGGAACAUAAUAGGGCAAGUGGAUACCUUUUUAUUUAGAUACUUUCUUUUGGGGGUAGGGUGGGAUCUGGAAUUGAGUCCCCAAUUGGGAAAGGCCUUAGCUCAGUGGCAGAGCAUCUUCUUUGAUGCAGAACGUACCAGGUUCAAUCCCUGGCAUCUCCAGGUAGGACUGGGAGAGAACCACUCUUGGAACUAUGGUGAGCUCCUGCCAACCAGUGGGCGUAAUAGGGAGCUAGAUGGAUCAAUGAUCUGACUUGGUAUAAGCAAAAGAAAACAGAUUGCUGUAAGUCAAACACAUGUUUCUUGGCACAAAUGGCAACAGAAUACCUUUCAGGUAUAUUUCAGGUGCAACCAGUUAAAUUUGUGUGCUAGUAUAACUGAGAUACAGUAGGAUUUGGCAUUAAGAUCAGGGCACCAGGAAAGAUUUUUUUCCCCAGUGAGGCUUGUAUGAUCACAAGAUUGGUAAGCAAUAAUUAUUCAUGUGCUUUAUUAUCUCAAGCUAUUAUAUUACGGCUGUAGUAGCUUUUGGAGUAUUUUUGAUAUAACUUUUAUUGUAUGAAUGGAAUUGAUAAUUUUAGCAUAGCCUUAUGGUUUUAACAUGCCCAUAGAUGGUAUAUUGAACAGCUACUAAUUAUUGUUUCGUGUGUUUGGCCUUAACUGGAAUAUGCAUAGACACUGAUGAAGAAUGUAUUUGGUAACGGGUCUCUGUCUGUUUUUGCUCAUUAACAUUUGAUGCUGAAUACACGACUUUUCACAUAAAUUGAAUUUUAAAAUCGGCCUUUUCGUGCACGUUUUGGUUUUCUUUUGCACGCCUUGUUUUUUUGUGCAUUCUGACUUGGUAUGAGGCAACUCCUUGUGUCUGUAUCAGGCAUAUUACCUGAGAUACAACGCAGGCUGACUAGGCCUUUGUGGAACUCAUGCGAAAAACAGCUGGUGCAGAUGCAAUGCUAUCCUCAGUUUCCACAGAAAAACAUUUCAAAUGAUGUGUGCUGAGGGGAUGAAUACAGUUAAGAAUUGUAUAGCACUUAGCAAACUUUUCAAAAAGUGCCGUAUGAGCGGUGUCAACUGUUUUUGAAAGGUGGCUGUAAGCUUUAGGCCAUUUAGAUAUAAAAAGAAUUUUUUCAGCUCACGUCUUUUUCUGCCUUCGUUCUUUUCGCUGCUUGAGGCUUUCCACAGGUGGCUUCCUUCCUUGAGCCCAGAUGCCAUCAGUGUCAUAGCAACGGGCAAGGACUGCCUGUCGGCAAGAUUGAUAAACGUUGUCAGUUUUGACCUUCUCAGCAAGAUGGAGAAGCAACUCAAAACCACCUUCCGAGUUGUGAUUGUUGUAAGUAGGGCAUCCUGGUGGGGGAGGCAGGUGGCACAGUUUCCCUGGGCCAUUCAAAGGCAGAGAUGGGGGACGUGUUCACUGCAGGCGUGAGGGCAUAUUAGACGCUCUCAAGACAUGGAAGGCUCUUAAGCUGUAAAUAAAGCUUGUCUGAAUUGAAAGUUGGUUCAUGUUAUGCUGCCAUUUGCACAGUAUGAAAUUAGAAGUGGCUGCUUUUCUAAUGCUUACUAAUAGUGACUGUGUCCUCUUAAUUGCCAUUUCAUUUUACACUGUUCGGCAAUUAUAGCAUACAUUUGCUUCCAAAAUGUAUUGUUCAGGACACCACUUAGUUGCAAGAGAUUCUCCGUGUAUUUCUGGAAAUGUGGAUGUUCUUGUCUUCUCUGAAGGGUGACCAAGAGCUCUCCUGUUACCUUUCUGGUUCCCUGUAUUUAAAGUAAUGAGCAGCUUUUCAGGGCCAAGGAAUGGGACCUAGAAACCCUACUUUCCAAUCUCAUGAUUUAUGUAUCCAUCUCAUGGUCCAGAAGGACCAACUCAUGCCAAGUUCUGAUUUGUUUUUUGUUUUGAGGUUUUAGGACAAGCUGUAAUCACGAUUUUCUCAUGCCUUUCUGGGCAACAAUGAGUUCUAAGGGACUUGACUAUUUUUAAUGAAAUACUUUCUCCUGAUUGUAGUAAGACCUUACUGAAGACUCCAGUGAUACAUACUGUUUACCACAGCCUGGGGAAAUUUGACCUUUUAGUUUCUAGAAUUUGUACAUGCAAUUGGCUGGAGCAACCCAGUCAGAUGGAUGAUAAUAAUACUAAGACUAAGACAAAUACUAAUAAUAAAAAUAAUAAAUAAAUAAAGGCAGUGGCCUGGUAGUUUUAAACUAUGAAUCAGCAUUAUGGGAACAAACUGUGGAGAGCCUUGGCCUUAUGUGUUCCUCCCCCCACCUCACUUGAUGGGCACAAGGAGAAGAUUGAAAACUUCUCUCUUUUGGUUUCUGAGUAAACUAGAGAUUCAAUGUAUGACCAAACUCAGAAUCUGACUUAUUCCAAGCAUGGUCAGUUUAAACAAACCAUGGUCAAACUGUGGUUUUGAAUCCUGAUUUGCUAGCUAACACAGUUAGUAGAAACCAAAGCCAAGCCAUCGUUUCCCAGAAAAGACAUUUUCCUAAGAGAAUUUCUGAGAACAUUCUUGUUGGCCACUAUUCCCUCUGCUUCCCCAGAUGCCCCAGAAUGAUGCUAGGUUUGUGGCAUUAUGGGGAAUGUAAAAUGGUGGCCAGGCUGCUGUUUCUACUUGAAAGCUUAACAGAGAAACUAUUUCAAACAAGGAAGGAGAAUUAGCCACUGCUAAUGCUUAGCUUCACCCCUGCUGAGCUGUUGAAGAAUUUCUGCUUCCUCUGGAGAUGUUUGGUGAAGUGGUCCACCCAAUUUCUCUACACACAAAUAGCAUGGAGAAUUUCAGGGAGGCAUUUUUGUGCACAGCUCUAAAACAAACCACAGUUUCCUCAGUUCAGUCAUACAACAGGAAACUGGUUUUUGCAAAAUGAAAAGUGGAAGCUUUCAAUCUUCCCUCAUUCUUAUGCACAAAGAAACAGGGAGAGUAUGAGCCUGAGACUCGCCACAGCUUGUUCUCAUAAUACUAAACCGCAGUUUAGUUAUAUUUCUUCAAGGCUGCUCUGGAAUCUCAGUUCUUAUUAUUGUUUCUUAAUGAGUCUUGUUGAAGUCAUCACAACCCACAGUUCUAACACUUCAACCCUCUGUACUUUCUUGGACAUUUCCUUCUCAUCUCAUCAGAAAUUCCCUUUCAAGUAAAUGUGUUCUGGGCCACAGCCAAAGAUUUUUCUGCACAGUUGAGUGCAUCUGAUGCUGAGAGGUCAGCAGAUACCCAGAUCACCUGCAUCAAUUAAGGUCCUGGAGCCAAGCAGCUUCUUAGAUCUCAUCCUUGCAGCUAAAUAUAUAUAUAUUGAGCUGCUAGUGUUUACUCUUCAGGAAUAGUGCCCCUCAGGAAUCCCUUGUACAAGUGUGCAAUCUCUUGUCAAAGUGCCAGAGGUGAAAGUGCCAUAAUCCCAACACUUCCAUUUUUUGGUUGUCUACAAGGUCUUUAAGGUCUGUGAGGUCUUUAAAAAGUCUGCUGGGCUUAUUCAUAUAGAGCAGGGGUGGGGAAUCUCUGGCCAGUCUUGGCCUGCAACACUUUGCUCCCCAAACCACAUGCACCUACCCAUCAGCUGAUGUCACUGGUGACUUGCGUGGCUCGUGUAGUUUCUCAGUUUGUGUGUGGGACUGAAGAGUGAUCUUUUUUCUUUCCCUGCCACUAUGGGCAGCCCUGGGGCUAUUGUAGCACUCAGUAUCUUCAAUGGUCAUUCCGAUGUUGCAAUAUUGCAUUUAGAUGCAAUGCUAAACGAUUCUCUGCUCCACUCCCUUCCUCUUACACAACCGCGAGGAGGAAAUCUGAAGCACCCGUUUCCAUUUUCAACUAAUUUCAGUUUGUUGUUUUGUCUGAAGCAGGCUAGACUCUUAAUAUAAUAAUAAUAUAAUAAUAUUUUUUUAUUUAUACCCUGCCCAUCUGGCUGGGUUUCCCUAGCCACUCUGAGCGGCUUCCAACAAAGAUUAAAAAUACAUUAAAACAUCAGUCAUUAAAAACUUCCCUAAACAGGGCUGCCUUCAGAUGUCUUCUAAAUGUCAGAUACAGUGGACCCUCCGGAUACGAACUUACCGUAUUUUUCGCUCUAUAACACGCACCUGACCAUAACACGCACAUCGUUUUUAGAGGAGGAAGACAAGGGAAAAAAAUUCUGAAUGAAACAGUGGAUGUAUCAUUUUUGUGCCUCAUGCUGUGGCCACAGACAUGUGAUCUGAUGGUGAGUUUGGGGUAGCCCAAUGCAAAAAUCCUGAGAAUCCCUGUGGAUCUGUGCUUUGUAACCACGUUUUUGCACCAUUGCGGCCCCAGGCAACAGUGGGUGCGUGAUUUUUUUGGUGCAGGCUGUGUCCAUGGACAUGUAAUGUGAUCUGAUGGUGAAUUUGGGGUGACCCAAUGCAAAGAUCCCGAGGAUCCAUGUAACCACGUUUUAAGUGGGGAGGGAAGGAAAAACACAGACGGGACAAGGAGCACGAGAGGGGUGUGUAGAGAAGCAGCUGGCUAAGAAUGCAGAAGAGGGAUUUAACGGGAGGGAGGAAAGGAAGGCAAAAGUUUUCCCCCACACAACCACCCAAGCCAGCCCUCUCUCUCAGUGGCUGUAUUUUCGUUUUUUAAAAAACCCAUUGCGGAUAAUCACAGUCAUUGAUCUCCCACUUAGUGUGGUUUGGCCCUCAUUCAUGUUCUUACUAGAUAUGUUGUAGAAUUCAGGUCCUGCGUUUUGCAUCCAAUAGCCUCUGCAGCGUGUUGUGCUUCCUUGCUUCCCUCUUCAAUCCUCCCUCUGCUGGUGGCUGUUAUUAGCAUAACCUUAUUGCUAACCAAGAUUGAGAAAGCAGUUCCUUCCAGUUGAAGGGGGUAUAUUAUCCUUUCUGUGCAUGGCUGCUUACUCGUCCAAAUACGACAAGAUGAGCACAGUCCCUGGGAGGGUGCCAAUUUCCUUAGUGUCCCGAAGCUCGGUGUUGUAACAGCAACGGCAAUAGAGCUCGUUCCAGGAGGGGAAAUUCUCAAAUGGUAGGUCUGUUUCCUACCUGGCGAGCCUUUUAACAGCAAACCGGUUGGCUCCUAAUUAGAUUUUCUCCUUUCUGGUGGUUUUUCAUUAACCCCUUCCUUUGGGGGAAUCCGUGCAGGGCAGACUCGCAAUUAUCUGCAUUUAAGAGGAGGCUGUGCAGCGGCAAAAAGAAUAUUAAUAGCGAGAAUCGUUUCUUCAUCUCCCUUCACUGGCUUGGUUAUGGUUGUUGAUAGAUCAACAACAAGGAUGUGCUUUCCUUUCACAGUGACUUCAGUUUCGAGCAAGCAAUCCUACCUUAUGUUAUGGAGGUUUGACAUUCAGAGCGGUGCUGUACCCGUCUAGGAUUAUCUAAGAUAAUCACACAAGAUAUCAGGACAGCUUAAUUUGGCCUUCCCCGGCCUUGUUGGACUACAACUGCUGAUAUCCGUGAUAAUCGGCCGUGCUGGCUGGGGUUGAUGGGAGUUGUAGUCCAACAAUAUUUGGGGACCCACAUUUGGAGGAAUGCUGAUAUAAACUGCUUUUUGGUUGUUUGGCUAGCGCUCUGGGUUUCACAUACUCUUCUUCUGUUUCAGGAUGAGUCCCACUUUCUGAAGAAUGGGAAAACUGCUCGAUGCCGGGCUGCGAUGCCUCUUCUGAAGGUGAGCAUACCAGGGUUUUCAAAACUGGGCAUUUGACUUUUAGGUGCUGUGUAUUCAAGAUGCCUGGUAUACAGGCAAGAGCCAAAAGAAUUUUGCUAGGCUGCUACCAGUGCUGUAGUGACAAGUUGGGAGCCAUACGAAAUCCCAAUAUGAGGGACGUAAUUAAAUUCUGUGCUUUUUCACCUACCUAUGAUGCAGAUUGGGCAAUUUUGGUUUAUCAGUUAAACUCUACAGCAGAACGCAUGAAAUAAGUUCAGAAAUCCUAAGUGUAGUACAAGAUUGAGUAUUUAAAUACAGAACAAAUGCAUAAUCAUUCCAAAGUAUCUGAGAUUUUGAGUAUUUUAGGAUUAUAUAAAUGAAUUCCAGGUCACAGAGUAGGCUUCAAAGUAAUAUUUCCAAGUGAAGCUGCCCUGAGAAAUAACGAUCUGUCUUUUAUUUGCUAUAAAUUUUGAUAUGUCAGUAACCACCAAUUAAAUUGAUUUAUCCCAAAGCUGAUAGAGUCUUCCAUAAGUAUUUCACACAGACACCAUAAAUCUGUUUUUCUGGUAUGUAACCUGAAAAUCCUUAAAGUGGCUUGGAUGAAGGAUAUAGAAUCAAUAAUGGAUUAAUAAGGAGCCUUUAAGUUUCAUAUUUAUUCUGAAAUUCUGUUGAAGAACAGGUCUGAAUAUAAUACUUUUGAGAAAAAAUAGGCAUAAUUAUAAUAUUAAAAGCUUAAUCUUCGAUAUCACUUAGGCAUUGAUUGCUUCUGAAGAUAAAGUAGCAUUUCUUAAUAUCCAUUUUUUUGCUUCCUUAUAAAAAUUUCUGAGGAAAUCGCUUUAAGGCAGUGAUGUAUGGAAUCUUCAAGUAGGCCCAUGUAUAAAACAUGGAGCUGAAGUUUGAAACUCCAUGAGUUUUCAGAAGUAAUUAUUCAUAGUAAUGUACCUUGCGUCUCUACUGAGGAACCCUAACUUCUGCACAAAACGCUGUUGUUGCUCUGCAGCCAGGUGUUGAGGGUUGUGUAGGGGCACUUUUUGAACCUAUAAAAAUGGAUCAAGAAGUUUAAUUUGCAAGAUAUUUAGAUUAGCAUGAUUUUCCAAGUGAACCCUUAACAUCAGAUGUGCAUUGGAACUGGCAGAAUCUGGCACUGUCCUUUUUUAUUAUUAUUUUUUAAAAUGGAAAUAUGAAUGCUGUUGGAAAUAUGAAUCAGACUGAGCAUGAAUAUGAAAUAUGGAAAUAUAAAUCAGUUUGCUUUUGAGGAAUGAAUAUAGUUGUAAAAAGUAUUCUAGUCCUUAAGGUCUUCCAGAAUUCUUUCUUUCUCUGCUUAAGAGUUUUUGAAAGCUCUGUUUUCCUAAAGGGUGGGUGUAGGAGCUCUGCUAUCUAUAUGUCAAAACACUGCCAUUUUCAAAUUGUUCCCUUUUGGGUGUAAUUUGAAUGUCCCAGGUGUGAUGGAUAUACUUUAGGUUGUUUGCAUCCGUGAUAUCUAGUCAGAUCCUAACCUUAUUCCAAAGUUGCAGCGGGCAUGAGUUAUAAUACUGUUUUAUGACAGAAAUGAAAUUUCCCCAAACGUGCAGAUGCUGUCUCCCCUCCAGUCCCAUUUCAUUCUCUCCCAAGAAGCAAACUUCUGCAUUGAAAUUACCAUCAGAUAUUUCCAUUUCGUGUCAGGCAGGGCAACACACACUUUAAAUGUUAAACAGCUGACAAGGGCAGAAUAAGAAGGAAUCGGGAGGAUGGUUACAAUUGUAUAUCCAGCACAAUGAGCAUUUAAAUAGUCGCCAUAAUGCAAAGCAUGCCAGGCAGCGUGCUGUAGGCCACAUGCUGUGAACAUCAUUAAAAAUCCAGUAAAUCACUGUAGGAGAAUAAGACACUUUUGCAUGUUGAAUCAUUUUUAUUUUCUGGCAUUUCCCCAUCCUUCCUCCUGCUCUUUGAAGCCUUUUGAUACCCAGUGCAGGGAUCUGGCUAUUGUAUCAUUGGCUCUGUAUUUGAAUAUGCCUAUGAUUCUUGAAUUUCUCUUUGGGGAAAUGUCUUCUCGGUGUCACCUUUUAUCAUACAGAGAACAUUCUCAUUGCAGGAAUUGUGUUGCUGAUGCUCAUGGCACCCCAUAGCAGUUGGCCGGGUGGGACUGUACCGCUUACCUGGCUUCCAGAUGUCAGGAACAUGGCCAGUCACUGGGAGGGGGGUGAGGUGGUGGGAGGCUGCCUUGGGGUGGGCAGAGCCAAUCCAAAACUCUGGCUGGUGUGUCCACAUUGCACCAACCUUGUGUAAACCCUACCCAAAUCCAGAGUGGAGUCCCUAAGAUGGUUGGAUUGUACAAUGUACGCCUCCUUCCGGCGACUCCUGCAGCCAAGUUGAUUGCUCUGAUUUCCUUUGGACCACAUCAGUGAGGCCAAGAGGGGGGUCCAGCUGAGGAUCCAUACACACUACCCAGGCUUGCACCCAGGGGAGGUCACGCAGUGGUUUUUCUUCACCCCAGGGGCACACUUCAUUGUCUCUUGAGAAAGAUGGCUAUCAACCACCACCACCACCACUGUGAGUGUCAUCUAACAAAGCAAAAUGGGAAUGAUUGUGUUACUUCUAAUUACAAUACAGUGGUACCUCGGGUUACAAACGCUUCAGGUUACAUACGCUUCAGGUUACAGACUCCGCUAACCCAGAAAUAUUACCUCGGGUUAAGAACUUUGCUCCAGGAUGAGAACAGAAAUUCUGCUCCGGCGGCGCGGCGGCAGCGGGAGGCCCCACUAGCUAAAGUGGAGCUUCAGGUUAAGAACAGUUUCAGGUUAAGAACAGACGUCCGGAACGAAUUAAGUACUUAACCCGAGGUACCACUGUACAGAUGAGAACAAGAAAUCGCGAAUUCGUUAAUUUGUUCCGGAGGUCCAUUCUUACCCUGAAACUGUUCUUAACCUGAGGUACCAUUUUAGCUAAUGGGCCUCCCGCUGCUGCUGCGCUGCCACCACGCGAUUUCUGUUCUCAUCUUGAAGCAAAGUUCUUAACCCGAGAUACUAUUUCUGGGUUAGUGGAGUCUGUAACCUGAAAUGUCUGUAACCUGAAGCAUCUGUAACCUGAGGUACCACUGUGCAUGUUGGCAUUUAUACCGUGCUUUCUUUGAGAGCUCCAAGUAUGUUCUCUUCAGUGGGCUUCACAACAACUCUUUCAGAUAAACCAUUAUUGUUAUCUCUACAUGGCAGAUAUGGGAGCUGAGGCCGAGAGCGACAUGCCUAAGACCACCUAGUUAGUUGCCAGCAGAGGCAAGAGUCGAACAGGGGACUUCUUGGGUCAGGCCAAGACAUUUUGCUCCUUGAGGUGGAACAGCAUAUUUAACACCCAUCACUACUAUCACCAAAUCAAGGUGUAUGGUACCCAAGGCCAGCCAAGUUAUUUUGGCCCCUGGAGGCCUCAUAAGCACCUCUCCCUGGCAGAAAAAAACACACAAUCAUAACACACUGUUGCUCUUUCAUGUUACUCAAAAUCUGCCGUCUGAGGAAGCCAUGUCAGUUUGCCUAGUGGUGGGGUCUGCUAACCCACUGUGCUGUGUUAGCUCUGUUAGUUAGGGCCAUGUUUACCUUUUUGGAUGUCCUCGAAUCUCUACGUAUGAUAGCAGCCACGUAAUUAACCUUUUGCAACAUUUAUAUCCCCAGGCUGCCAAACGAGUCAUCUUGUUGUCCGGAACCCCUGCCAUGUCCCGCCCUGCAGAGCUUUAUACGCAGAUUGCAGCUGUCAGACCAUCCUUCUUCUCUCAGUUCCAUGCCUUCGGGCUCCGCUACUGUGAUGCUAAGCAGGUAACGUGAGUCUCUAUCCCUGGCAAAGCAGAAGCCAGGAAAUUAUUAUUUGGGAAUAAUAAUAACCUUCCAUUCCGUGAAGCGUUUUGUGCACUGCCAUUCCCUUUGCAAUCUCUCAGUGAAGUCUUGCUGUGAAAGGGCAGAUUUCCGUAGUGACAAUUGGCCAUAGCUCCAUGGUUACUGUAAGAUUUUCUGCUAAUUCUCAAGCAUCUCCAGUUAAAAGGCUCCUAGCCAAGUGUUAGAGCUGGGAUCAACUUUUACCUGAGGCCUUGGAUAGCUUCUGCCAAGCCUAGUUGUUCACCAACUAGAUUGUUCACCAACUAAGACAGCCUGACUGAACUUGACCUCUGUGAUUACCAAUUAACUCAUUAAAUUGAUCAGUGUCCAAUGUCAUAAAUAGUGUUGUCAUCAAUCAUAUUGAUAACUGGCCCCAUAUUUUGAGGUGUAAUAUUGACAAGGAAAAAAAUAUGGAAUUGGACAUUACUAUGAAUCCAUUAGUUCUGUAUUCCUAAAUGGAAAAAGGAUUCAGUCUCCGAUAUGCUUUUUGAUUAAUGAGUUUUAAGCUACCAAAAAUAUGAGCGUGAUUAAAUACUAUUCUUUUUUUCUUUAUAUUUACCACUAAAUCAGAUGUUCCAAUGUGGUAUGAAACAGAAGGUAUAAUUCUUCUAAUUAUGAUUAUGAUGUUUGCAAAUAUCAACAAGCUGUCACAUCUCAGGGGAUAAUGCUUGCUUUUGCAGUGCAUUCGUGAUUGUAUCAUGUCUGCUUCUUUGCCUGCAUUUAUACCUUCAUUAAAAUUCCCUCCAGUUGCUAUUUCACUUUCCCCUAAACAGAGUAGAUCUUCAAUUAGUUGAUAAGAAACACUCAUCUGACGACUGAGUGCUACAUAAAUAUUCACUGAUAUUAAACUCAUCUGUCCAAGCUUCCUUUUAUCAUAAUAUAUUGACCUUCUUUGUCUUUCCUGCUCUGAAUAACUUCACACAAACACACUCCUUUCACUUUUGUACAUGCGCCAGGCCCCGUCCUAAUACGUAAUAUCCAUUUUGCUCAAAUAUAGACCCAUUGAAAUAAACGGGCAAUGUUAAGUUAUUUCUAAUGUUUCUCCUUGAUGUGCAUUUCCUGCACAUACAUAAUAUCACCUUGCCAUUUUUUUCAGAAAUUGUGGUACUUUUCUUGUUUUUAACGGGAGGCAAAAGGUUAACGGGCAAAUACAUACAUACAUACAUACAUACAUACUUGAUUAUUGUUCUGGCCAAAGGCCAUGACAAACCCCAGUUCUUUCAGACUUAGUAUUUUACUUUCAGCCUUAAUUUUCUUUCAUAUAUAUAUAUAUUUCUUUACAUUUAUAACGCUAUCUUAUAAUGGAAAGACGUUGAUUCUCUCUUCUUUAUGGCAUUCCUAAUGUCUGAGCUAUAUGUAGUUAUCACUAUUCCUUAUUUACUGUUUUUUUCUUCAUUCUAACUUUUUCUUUAUUUCUUUCUGUUGUGAAUUCCCCUGUUUCAGGCCAUCCUUCAAGGGUUCUGUGGGCCCUCAACCCUUCUCACACCCACCAACUCUUCCCACAAACACCCUCCCCCUGCUGUUUCCCCCAUUACCAGGCUUUCUCCAGCCCAGCUGAUAGUGGUGCAGGAUGGGAAGAAGAAUUGGUGGGGAAGAGAAGGGUUAAAGUUCUUCUCCUACCUGCUCCCCUCCCCCUUUGCCAGUGUUCCUUUCCCUGUUGUCUUUGUGAUGUGUAAUUCUUCCCCGAGUUGCUCAAAAAUAUGAUUAAACAUUGCUCUGGGAUCCAUAAGGAUAGAAAUUGCCAUAAUAAAAGUAGGAUAUAGUCUUAAUAUAAAUUGUAUUGUCUGGGUUAAACAGCAACAAGAAAAUCUCAAACCUGAACACCUCAGUUUAAAAAAACAAGACCCCGAAAAAUACUCCAUUUUAAACGGAAUUGAUUUAGCUUCACGGCAGAAGACCACAAAUCUCUGGCAGAUGCAAUAAGCAAAGAUGGAAUUAGUUUAUUGGUUUACGAUCCACAACUCCUUGGCACUUCUUGCUCAUAAAAAAGUGCAACAAAUGAAACGUCACCUGUUUUUAUUUAUGAGCCAAAUUUUAUAGUUGCCAGCGAGCCAUUUUUCAAAGCAGGUGAUGUGAAUAGUGAGCAUUAAAAGACAGAAAAGUGCAUGUAGGUUGUCACAGAUGCUCAGCCAGGAAAAGUUCAAGAGCUUUGCUGAAACGUGACCAAGUAAUUUCUUCCACUGAGAAUGGCCUGGGUCAAAAAAGCAGCUUCUUAACUUUGCUGUUUGAUAUCCUAGGAAUCCAGGGCAUGCAUGUUUUUAGCGGAUGUAGUUUUACAAGGCUGUUGAACGUUGUCAAUAUGAUGAUUAUGCUUUGAGGCUCUCUUUAAUUGCCAACAGGGUUCUGAAUAAGCGGAAGGAGUGCAGAUAAUGAAUGUGCUGCUAGCUGCAGUUUUAUUUCGGAAGAUCUCCGCUUUCAUUUAACUACCACGCUCUUGUGGGAUUCAAAUAUAUAUUUGAAAGUGCAUGGGCCAUGCCUGCUGAAACCUCAAAAGCCAGAAAGGGGAGUGGACUAGUGGCUGGGGAAGGGCUUCAGUGCCCCACCAAACAGAGACUCAUCUGUUCUUGAUUGCCAAGUUGAUCAUCCCUCAGUUGCUAUGCCGAGAAGACUGUAAACACACUUUAGAGUUCCGUUGCAACUAGAGUUCCGUUGCAACGCUAGAAAGAAAGGGGGUUGAUACAAUUUUCAUGAUUCAGAGCUCCUUAGAAAAAUAAUUUAUAAAAUGCUCAUGGAUCAUGGAUUGGAUGCACCUUAGUAGUCUUCACUGAAAAGUGGUGCAAAACACUUGUGCUGAUUGCUCUUAUUCAGGCUUCCACAACCUUGGUCCUCCUGAUGUUUUGAGACUACAAUUCCCAUCAUCCCUGACCACUGGUCCUGCUAGCUAGGGUUCAUGGGAAUUGUAGGCCAAAAACAUCUGGAGGGCUGAGGAAGCCUGCUCUUAUUUAUUACUGGCAUACCCAAGAAACAGACUUCAGAUGUGUGCUCCUAAAUGUCUUGCACUGACAUGCCCAUGAUUUGCCUUACUCCUCCAAUCAGACAUCCUCCGGCAAUAUCUUCAACCCAGAUACCUUCCUCUGCUCUGCUUCUGCUGAAACCUACAUUGUUGGUUUCAGCCAUAGUAGAUAAUUGAGACUAACGUAAUAAAAUAAAUAAACAUUUUAAAAAGGCAUUUCAGGGGAUGGGGAACAUUAAAAAAAUGCAGAAAACAACCUAAUUAUUUACAUAACUUUUGUGGACUAAGACAACCAAAAAUAGUGAACACUUCUCAUUUGCUUGUGUGAUUUCUGUUCCUGACCUCAGAUGAACAUACAAAUUACAGCACAGUUACAGCUGGAAAGGAUGACAGGGAUUAAAAUCUUUGGGGAAUUCUCUUUGCAUAUUGGUUAUUGCACUAAAGCUCAGCCUAGAACUCCAUUUGGUUUUUGGAUCACUAGAACACUUUUCCAAAUGUUUUUUGGCACUUGUGUAAGCUCAAACCUCCCUAUUAGUAUUAUUUUAAAAAUUCAAGUCCUGUUCUGUAUCAGAAUCCCAGUGCAUAGAUGUGCAGUAUACUCACAGCUCUUGCAUGAGUGAUGAUGCUACCGAUGAUGUUUUAAAGGUUUUGCUUCCUCUUGUGUGUCUAUUCCACUCAGCGGCCUUGGGGGUGGGAUUAUUCCGGUUCAUCCAACCUUGGUGAACUGAAGCUUCUGCUGGAAGAAUCCGUCAUGAUCCGUCGCCUGAAGUCUGACGUGCUCUCUCAGCUCCCUGCAAAGCAGCGCAGAAUGGUGGUGGUAGCUCCAGAAGGCAUUAACGCAAGGACAAAGGCUGAGCUGGCAGUGGCUGCAAAAGAAAUGGCCAAGGGCUAUAAGAGUGUGAGUCUGAAAUAUUGUUGGGCGAGAACAUGGCUGCAUUCCAUCACAAUGACGAACGGUUGCUUGAAAACCUAAAUAUACAGUGUGCUGUUUACAUCUGAACCCUGUGCCAGUUUACAAACCUGGGUUUCCAAAGGGUUGCAAAGUCAUAAUAUCAAACCGCAGUUUGUGCUCUGGUUUGCCAUUCUACAAACUGUUGACAAAGCACAGUUAUGGUUGUUGCUGUGCUCUGUCUCUAGAGGUUGCUGAACCAUGGAGAUGGGAGAGAGCAACAAAUUUCUGAAGCUGCAUGCUGAAGAGAGGAAACAAAAACAGACAAUUGGCUGUAAACUGGCUGUACAUUUGAAAGCUCAAACCAUGUUACUGGUUCUUAACUGUGGUUAGUACAAACCAUGGUAUGCUGUGAUGUCUGAACUGAGUCUCUGUCUGCAUAGUUUGAGAUACGAUAGACAGGAGAAGGGUAGCUCUGUCUCCACUGCUUAGCUCUUGGUCCAGGCAGUUGGCAGGGACCAACUUUGGAACCUGUGUUGUUGACUCUGCAUGUCCUCAGGAGAGAGGGAAAAGUGCCAACCUAGUGUUUGCAGGGGUAACUUCCAUCAAGACUUAGCAGGGACAGAUGGCAGCUACCUCAUGAUAAAACCUGCAUAUCCCUCAGUAAAGUUCUUCAACAAUGGCAACAAAAGUCAGAAGCCUGUAGGUUAGGUCCAUUGCAGGUUAGGUCCAUUUCACACAUUAUUGAAAGGGGAAUCUGUCUUUGUCAUUAUGUGCAUGCUUAUCAGAGAGCUGGACAUCCUCAUAACUCUGAUGACAGUACCUGUAUGAAAUAUCUAUGUUGUAUUCACACAGGACAUUUUAAGAGUUGCACUUCGUGGCCCAAGUCUGCCUUGUACAUUAGGCCUGUGCUAGAUUUAGGAUAAAAAGUUUAAUCAAAUAACAACACAUUGAGCUAGAGGGGGAAUUCUCCUUCCUACUCCUACUCCUGCUAGAGCCGAUUAAAGGUCCUUGCACCUCUUUUGGUUUCCAUAGGGUGUUUAUUUCUCACUUCACCUUUAAUAAUGGCACCUUUAAUAAUUCCACAGCAGAACAAAUUAUCCAGGUUUGGCAAAGCAAACAAAACAUACGCGGGGGCAAUGGAGGUUUAUACUUGUAUAAAUAUAUUUUUUAAAUUCAAGCAUGUCAUCUUUUAGAAUUGUGGCUGCAGAAAUCUGCCACAUGUGAGUCCCACUAGUCAUUGAGCUGCUAGCUACAACCUUCUGGACCUAACUGACGGCUUUUUCAAAUAUCUGUUUGCAGAAACAAGAACAGAAGGAAGCUCUCUUUCUCUUUUACAACAGGACUGCUGAAGCCAAAAUUCACUGUAUCAUGUAAGUUGCUGUUUCACAGUAUCACACAAACCUACCUGACUAGGUGAUUCUUGCUACAGUGGAAAGGAAACUGCAAGACAAGACCGGCAACGAAAUCAAGCUUGGGAAAAAUGUUAAUUAAAACAUUAAAGCACUGUAGCAUUGGUCUUGGUAUUGAACCAGCUUGGCAAAUGUUUUACAUAAAUGUUAUCGUUAAAGUUACCCAUUGUGCAGAAGGCUGAGAUAAGAUUUUCUGGUUCUGCUAAAAAUAAGCAAAAUGAGUCCUAAUUGCUUUCAUUUCAAAUGUAUUAAGCCUAUUUUGUACAAGGUGACGUGCGGAUAGAUCUUCAGUAGAAAACAACUGAUCAUAUUUUGACGCAGAAAUUUUGACAUAAUAUAUUUGUUGCAGUUGGGAAAAGUCCUGACCUUUAUAGUCUUCAAAAAUGGUCCGUAGUUUCAACUACAUGUGAGAAACAGGUCCAUGGAACUGGGAUUUGGCUGAAUUGCCAGUUCUCUGAAUAAAAUAAAAGUUGAGGACCACUGAUCUAGGACCAUACACUGAUUGCUUCUGGAACAACAAUCGUAUGUGUAUCUUCUGAGCCUUCUACCCCCCCACUUCUCGUUCACUGUAGAGAAUAUAUCUUUGAUUUAUUGGAAAGUGGAAGAGAAAAGUUUUUGGUAUUCGCUCAUCACAAACUCAUUCUGGACACAAUCAGUGAGAAACUGGAGAAAAAGGUAAAUUGAUCUGCAUUUAUUAUUACUCCUUUUCCAGGACUUGGAGAUCCUGGUAAACUCUUGUAUCAUUGGCACAAUACAAAGCUGCCUGGAACCUAUUCACAAUGGUGUAUAAAAACCCAUUGCGUACAUUUUCUUACUGCCAUCUUGUCUAGUGUUUUCCAGAAUUCACAAAAUACAAACCUGGCCACUGGGAUUAAUAACCUUGAAGUAAACCAGUCAACAUCAGGAGGGAUUAAAUGCGUUAAAGAUAAUCUUCCGGCUGUCAGUUCUCAUAUUUCAAAUCAAUAGCAUGUCAUGAACUAAAGCUUUAAAAAAACCCCGACUUGUUAAAACGAAGCAGGCAUAAAAAGUUGACCUGUAUAAAGUUUAAACAGUAUGAAGAGUAUAAAUAAUUACAUGUAAAACUGACUAACUAGCAUUCCUCCCUGCCAACUGAAUAGCCAUCUGGCAUAAUUUCUGUAGCAAAAUUCCCUGUAGCCAAAAAUUCCCUGUGUGUUUGCCAUUGACCCUGCCACUCCCCUGACUUGGAGCUUUGUUUCUGACAUCCCAGUGAGCUUCAGAGAAGUCCCACUGGCUCUGGGUGCUUCCAAGUCUCAGAGCUAGGCCAGAGAGCAGCUCCUACCUGCUCCAUAAGUUGUGCUGAGGAGACGCUAAUCAAAUUGAAAGGUGUGGUCAUCGCUGGCGACCUGGCAGUGACAUUUGUGGCACCCCUGUCCCUCAUAAAUACCACAGCUCACAGGCCUUCCCUGUACUGCAUGUUCUAGCCUUCGUUGGAAGGGAAAGCAUUUGGUUCGAGAAAGAUAAUAACCUUCCUCAUCCGUGGCAUCUGUAUUUAGCCAAGAUUUAAUGCAGCUCUCCCAGAUUCAAGUUCACCUCGAUGUCCCUGGUAUCAAUGGCCUUCAUAUGUCAGGGCUGCUUUAAGUAUGUGCUAAGGCAAUUUAAAAUAGGUUUUCCUAGAUAAUGUUCUCGCUCUUCAAAGGUAUCAGAAAUUGUUUAUUAUAGUACUGGGCUGAGUGUCAGGAUGAGAACCUUGUUACCUGUUCCAAACAGUGGGGAGAAGGGUCAGAGAGAAUGAAGGGCCAGAUGGCAUGAGGAAGCGUUUGGGAGUAAAUUAGCUAACCAGCCAACAACUCCUGUUUAUUGAGAUUGGCUGCCAGGUAUGAGAUAACUGAUGGCCAGCAAGCCUGGACAAAUACAACUACCUAGCAACUCUAACCUGCUUGGAGCAAAGGCAGGUCAAAAAUAUAACAAAUGUAAGUUAAAUCAUCUACUUCGCAGCUUGACUAGUGAAGGAGUGGAUCCCAGUGCUCCGUUUGGCAUGGCUCCAGUUUUCAGCCAAGUGAGGAGAGAGGAGCAAGCCCUGAUGAUAAGUGACCCCUUGUUUCCUCACCUUCCCUUUCAGCAUAUUGGGUACAUUCGCAUUGACGGCUCCACACCCUCAGCUGAGCGCCAGUCCCUCUGCCAAGAGUUCCAGUUCUCUGACAAGCACUCUGUGGCUGUCCUCUCCUUAACGGCAGCUAACAUGGGGCUCACCUUAUCGUCCGCUGAUUUGGUUGUGUUUGCAGAGCUGUUCUGGAACCCUGGGGUAAGACAGCUUGGCUACUGCCUGGGGGUGCUCCUCCUGAAAAGAUGCUGUUCAGAGUUUAAGACAAAACCAUAAGAGGUUGUUUGUGAGGAAACUGGAUUGUGUACUUUAUGUGUUAAAGCACAAUGACUUUGUAGCUAUGGUUGUUAGACGGAACCUAUAAAAACGAGUAUCUGUCUGGUGGUGAUACCUGUUUUGCAUAUAGUAUUUAAUGCUACUGCUGAUCACUUAGCUCCCGCUACAAAUAAACAUUGCUGAUAGCCUGCUUGAUUUGGCUCUGUUGAACCAAAACACACUCUUGCGGCCUAAUGACUACAAAACUGUUCAGUCAACUCUCCCUCCUGCUCCAUUUCAGGUGUUUGCGUGGCUAAGGUUUCCCUUUAACAAUUACACCUAUUUAACAUUUGUCAAGUCCUCUACAAUCUUUACUGAGCAAAACCUAGUUAAAAAAUGAUGACAUGGAUGCAGCUAAGCUCCAGUUAACUGGAUUUAGUCAUGACUAACCUUUUUGGGAUUUUGCCGAUUGGGUUACACCAAGCACUCUCACUUUGUUUGUACGACAGACUUCAUCUGAACUCUCACCUUCCUCUGCUCUCCCUUCAGUGACCCCCCCAUCUCCCAAUCUUCUCCUAAGGGUUGGGGGAUCCUCAGGAGCAGGAGGGAGAGCAGAAGAAGUCCUUUUUGUAUGUGUGUAACUCUGUGGGCGCUACUGUAUGCAAGCCAUUGUCCUUAAAGUCACAACUCGUAUGAGGUACACCACUCUUUCCCUUCUUCUGAAGAUGGGUAACUGGGGGUGAGAGAGAGAGUGGCUUUCCCUAAGUCACUUGUGCAUCUAGGGAAGAGGUUGAGCUUUAAUUUGGGAUUCCAUUUUUACAGUCCAGCAGCCCCAUCCCCAAUUUUCUCCUCUCAAAAUGAAGUUGGCAAGAAUGCAGUAGAAGGCCUUUGCUCUAAUAACCACAUACUGAAAUACACUGCAGUGCUUAGGUUAAUGUCAUGAUCUGUACAUUGUAAGUGCUCCAUUGUCUCCCAAGACAGAUGGGUGCCAGCAACUUUGGUAUCGUAACUGUAGUUUGGAAUAAACUUUAUACACUUUCAAACAGCACCUCUUUUGUGCUGUUUUAAUGGAACAUCCGGACUCAUUUCAUGGAGGAUUAGGUUUGCAGUGGUUACUGGCCAUGAGUGUUAUUGCACUCUUAUCUAGGCGUCUAGUUGACUACUGUGGGAACAGAAUCCCAUAUGGGAAUCUGGCCUGAUUCUGCCAGGCUCUUCAUUUGUUCUUACCAUUGUGAAAAUAGAAGUACACAAAGUGACAAGCUAGCCUAUUUUGAGUCACCUUGUGAACGUUAGCUCCCUCUUGGAUCCUCAAUGUUUCCUUUUUGUAAAAUGCUUUCUUUUCAGUCGUUCGUUCUUUACAUUUUAAUAAUUCUUGUCAGCAAGGAGAGGGCCAUCUGCUCAGUGCCAAGCAUAAUGAUUCAUUGGUUUAUUGUUAGGGGUUGUAGCAGCAGUAAUUGCUCUCCUCUCUCUCUUUUUGUUUUCUAAUUUGCAUAUUUGGUUUUUAAAUGCAGGUUUUGAUCCAAGCAGAAGAUCGGGCGCACCGAAUUGGGCAAACAAAUUCUGUGGAUGUUCACUACUUGGUAGCAAAAGGCACAGCUGAUGAUUACUUGUGGUAGGAAGCUGGUUGUGCAUGAGACUCUUAUUCUCGGGGUCAUGGGUAGAGCUGGACAAUACCUGGUUUUCAACAUUGCAAAAUAUCACCAGCUAAACAUUGCAAUAUACUGAUAUAUCACAGUGCCCGAAAUAAGGAAUGGAACUAUUUAGAGGCAUUGACCGGCUUCACGGUUUUCCCCACAUUGUGAUUUUUGUAUAGUUCAAAACCACCCACCCACCAUGAUUUGUAAUAUAUUGUCAGGUCAAAAAUGAGGAAACUGAUAUCAUGAUAUGGACCUCAAACUCAUUGUGGAUGACAGAUCUAUAUAUCACCCAGCCCUUGAGUUGGUUGAGUUGGGCAAAAGAUUCCCGUAUUGCUGGAGGUUGGACUAGGUGACCCUCAUGGUCACUUCCAACUCUACAAUUCUAUGAUUCUGUUGGUCCUCCCCAUCUCCCCCUUCCAUGCUGUGGUUUAUAACUUUGAUCGUGAGAGGAUGAAGGUCACCCAAUUAGAACCCUUUGAUUGCACUUGGGGUCCAUGAGUAGUGAGCAGCCAAAGGUUACGUCAGCACUGCUCAAUGACUUUCCCCACAACCUGAGCAUGCUAGACAAAAGCACCUGGAGUCUGGAAGCGCUCUGCUCUUGCAAUCAGAAUCAGUUUUGGAAAAUCAGUAUCUUUCCUGUUUAUCACAAGUGUCAUUCAAGUGCAUGAUGACUGGUACUUGAAUGUUCAUUGGUUUUCAGCAUUUUGCAAGGGUUUAAGUGAAGAAAUGCAAGCCACCUCAGGUUAUUGCUCACUCUGAGCUUGCAGUGCGCUCAAGAGGGGGGUUUUGGGGUGAAGGAUCUGAAGACCAGAGCCAAGUAGUCGGGUUGGGUCUACUCAUGCUUAGCUGGCAUCUUCCUUCUGUAACUUCUGUUACACCUCUCCAGCAGUCCGCAUUCAUGACUGAGAAGAAAUGAAAUGAAAUGAAGCCAGGAACGCCUAUAGGCUUGGGAGGAUUGUGUUACAAGAUGGAGGUGGGAAAAUGGCCCACCGGCAGCAAGACAAGGCACAUCAUCAGAUGUUUUGUACUCCCUGGAGCCCUGAAUAUUAGCUUUGCAAAUAAUUAUACCCUUCCCUCAGAAGAAACUAGGAGAUGACAUAUCGCCCACACAUGAAAGAAAGCUAAUGACAGUCAUUUCCCCAUUUCACUUGUAAAUUUCUGUCCACAAAAUGGUUAGUGCGAGAGUGGAAGAAAAUGUGCUGUUUGCCAGGGUGGGGGUUGUUCCCCUGUCUCUUUCCAUGAGGCUCUGUGAGAACACUUGGCUAGCGGAAAGUUUGUGUUGUCGUAUGAAGCGUUGCCUUCCGUUGAAAAGAAGCAACGUUCUUUUUUUUUUUUAUCUUGAGGCUGAUUUGCAGGACCGUAUUUAUUGCAUAGCAAUUGCAGCUGUCACAGAUGAGCUGCUGUCUUAUGUGAACAUGGCGCUUGCCAGUGGGAGUGAGCGGCGGCAAACUUGCCGUGUAGCAGGGCUCACUUGGGCUGAUGGUGGCAGCUGGGUUUUUGAUGGGCAUCCCCUUAACCACAGUGAUAAUAAGCACUGGAUUACUGUAAUGAGCUCUACAUGGGGCUGCGUUUAAAAAGUGCUCAGAAAUUUCAUGUGGCUGGUUGACUGGGGCUGGUUAUAGGAAGGUUAUAGAGAGAGUGUGUCCAUUGACAGAAAAAGAAGGACCCCUUGCUCUGUGCAGAAUGUUUAAAUAUUUUCAUAACACUUUUACUUAAAAACUAAUUAUUUUCUUUUUAAUUAGUUGCACAUUUUUUGUGUUUGUUUUGCUCCUUGUUGAAUAGGCUGCAAUCCUGUACAGUCAAUGGGACUUACUCUUACACUUAUAAGCUUGCACUGUUAAUUGCUAGUCUCCCAACUUGGGGUCUUCUAUCCACAGCAGGCCUUAUGUUCUUCCCUUUCUGGGUCCCUUAGCUGUAAAAUCUGUCCAUCUUCCUUUCAUUUACAUCUUUGCACCAUCUGGGUUUCACUGACUUUCAUUUCUCCCGUAUAGUCUGUUGCCUAUCUUAUGUGUUAACUUUUCACCCCCAGUCUCAGAAAUUUUCACGGCUUUAGACUAUAAUAAUUUAAUCUUUGCUGAAAACUACCCACUACCUUUUUGUUGUUGUUGUUGUUCUAAGCAUGUCUUCAUGUUUCUCUUCUCUGCUUCCAGUUCUCAGCCUGUGCAUGUUCAAAAAUUCAGACAUACACACAGCGUAUUUUCAGAUAAUGUUGUUCUUUCUUUCUGUCUCUAAUCAGAAAACUUCUCAGGUUGCAUUAUCAUACCACACCCUGAUUUUCAUGAAAUUAGAGUUUCGGGAGCUGACUAAGUAGAACACAGACUUUGCUUGUAUUCCUUACAAGAGGAGUAAAUAAUCCAGGGCCCUCCAUUGUUGGACUACAAUUCCCAUGAUCCCUCACUAUUGGCCAUGCUAGCUGGGACUGAUGGAAGCUGGAGUCCAGCAACAUCUGGAGGGUCCAGAGGUUCCUCAUUCCUGCCUUACAGCCACUCUCUCCCCUUCAGAUUGUUCACUGGGGUGGAGCUGAGUGUAAGUGAAGCUUAGUCACCUGGCACUGAUGGUCAUCUGAAGACUUUGGCUGUGCAUGCAGACCCCAACAGUUUCCCCAGUGUUGGCUUUCUAAAUGGCGUGGGGGUUCAUUCAUUUUCAAAACAAUAUUUCCCUGCAGGAUUCUCCCCCACCCCUCUCAGCAGGGAUCCAGACUUGCCCUCUUGCUAAGCCCAUGUUGGCAGCCAGCUUGUCUACACAUGGGAAUUAGUUUUUAACUUUAGGGAUAUGCGCAGCUGCAGUAAUAUACCAAACUGCUAUUUUUCCAGAGCUCUUGGUAUUUUCUAUAGGUGCAAGUUCACAGUCCUCCUAGCCUAGAAGGGGAGAUGUGUCUAUAUAGCGAUGUUUUGAAACCACAGAGGCAGAGGAUGGACUUUGCUGGGCAGCACAAAUGCUUGUCUCUAUCGUUCCUGAGAUCCCUGUUACUCCUUGGUGUUUCCCACAUUCCUACACUUCCAAGCAAAAUAUCCCAAAUUCAUUGUGAAGGAAUUGGUAUUUUGGGGGGAUGGGGGUGUGUGUGGAAUUUAAAAUGCAGACCUUUGACAUCUUCACAUAGAAAUCUGAGAAGACAGUAUACAGGGAACUAGUGUGCAGCAAAGUAAUGGAAAAAAAUCCUCAGCUGUGAUGUCCUCUACUUACUGGCUGAGUAGUUCAAUGCUUAUAGUUAGUUUAGUGCUUUCACUAAGAAAGAUGCUUGCUUGACUCUUCUUUGUAAUUGUAAUGCCUGUAUUCCCCACUAGGCCAAUGAUUCAAGAGAAGAUCAGAGUCUUAGGGGAAGCUGGCCUGUCUGAAGCCAAGUUCUCUGAGACAGCCGAAGCUACAGAUUACUUCUUCUACAAGGUAACUUUUAACAUUAAACUAAGUUCCUGGAGGCGCUUAGUUUCUCUCCAGGGUGCAUAGUCUUUUGUGCAAUAAAGCUGGGGUAGGAAACAUGAGUCCCUCCAGGUGGUGUUGGAUUACAAUUCCCAUCAUUCCCAUUACCGAUGCUGGCAGGUGCUGAUAGGUGUUGUAGUCCAACAGCAUCUGGAGGGCCACAGAUUCCCCACCCCUGGCAUAAAAGAAUAAAAAAGCAAUUAUUCAGGCAUCUCCAAGCAUGACUUAUCACGUUCUGAUUCCUUCUGUGGACAGUUGCCAUGCUUGAAUCAAAGGCACCUAUUGGAUGGUGUCACUCACUGCAAUGACUUUGAUGGAGAAGCUCUGUCCUUUGCUCUAGAGAGAUCCUCCUCCUAUUUCAGCGUGUCCCAUUUCUCUUUACCGCUCAAAUAGCAGGGAGAGGAAGGAAGGCUGAUGGUCCAGUCUGCAUCUUAUUAACUUGGGGAACGCCUCCAUCUCUCCUCUAUUGACUGUUUUCUUAGUCUGUUCUCUGUUGACUAGCAGAGCUCUUUUGCCUGCUUGCCAGUGAUGUCCCUCUUUAAUUUCCUAGCAGGACCAAAAUCAGGAGACCAUCUUAAACCUUUUCCAGAGGACCUUCUCGGAGGAUGCAGAUGAUAUGGAUGAAGCCCUGCUUGUGGAAAUGGUUGAUGCAUGUGAAGGUUCUGGACCCACAGACUCCAUCAAGUGA